CCGCCGCCGGGAGCCGGCAGAUCCGGGUCUCGUGGCGCGGGCUGACGUGUGGAGCCGGCCCGAAGCAGCGGGGCCGCUUCUGCCAGCCCGCCCGACCGCCCUGCCCCUGUGCCCCGCAGUCCUCCGCGCCCCCGCCACGGCGGCCAGAGCACGGUGUUCACAGACAAGUUCAGGUUUAUCAAGAUAACCAUGGCAGAAGGUGGAUUUGAUCCUUGUGAAUGCAUUUGCUCACAUGAACAUGCAAUGAGAAGACUGAUUAAUCUGCUGAGACAAUCCCAGUCAUACUGCACAGACACAGAAUGCCUUCAGGAAUUGCCAGGACCAAAUUCCUCCGGUGACAAUGGCAUCAGCUUUGCCAUGAUCAUGAUGGCCUGGGUGGUGAUUGCACUUGUCUUGUUCUUACUGAGACCUAGUAAUCUGAGGGGAUCCAACACAGCCGGCAAGCCAACCAGCCAACAUCAUGGACAAGAACCACCAGCCCCACCAGUGGACUAGAGUGUUCAGCAUUGGAAAGGUUCAGCAGAUAAAACUUUUCAUGACCAAAUGAACGAAGUGACCAGAUUACUCCUAAACCCCCUUCAAUACUGAUUUCUUUUCUCAAUUAUAUAGACCAGAAUUAUCAUUCAGCAGUUACCUCCAUGAACUGCUUUUAGCAGCUCCAUUUUUUUAAGUUAAUUUUUGCUUUGUAUGCUCUUACAAUUCUUAGUAGAUUGUAAUUUGAAUAAUGAUAAGGCAUUGCAGGGUUGUUACUGUUACUGUGGACAUUCCACUCGGUAUCUUUCUGUUACAAUGAUCAUAAUUUCUUUGCAGUGAUUUCUGAUGUGCAUUGAAGGAAAAAGACAAUCCCUGUGCAUCUAUAAUAAUGGAAGGUUACUGACCUUUCUUCAGAUUAAUCCUUUUUUUUUUCCUCCAGUAUGCUUUUGAGAGUUAUAUUAGUGUUUCAACUAUUAACUUAUCUAUGUGGUGAAAAAUUGAAAUUAUUUUAUACCUGCCCUGGGCCCAGAGCAGCUUUUAAUCUGGUCUUUGGAUCACUAACAUAGUUUUGAGGGUUGUUGGCAAAAGCAUGGAUCAUCCACUCAAGUUACACGGGGUGUGUGUGCACACACAGAAGUGAAUGUGGUAAUUGCCACUGUCAAAGCUUUGACACAUCUGUUGGGAACUUUACACAAAAGAGUAUACCACCAAAAAACCCCCAAACAAACAAACCAUUAAUUUAAUGUUGUUAUAUAUCUAUAAGAUACAUCCCAUUCAAUAGGUUGUCCAAAACAGAAUGUGUUCCAAACCCAGAUUUGUAUACUUACAGACUUGAUGAAAAGAGAAACUUAAUGAACAGAACUUGGUAGAAUUUUCUGUCCUGGCAGUCUUCUAAUAAUUAGAAUUAACAAGUUUUUAGACAUGAUGUAAUGAAUAUUGGACAGGAUGAAAUCAUACCAAGAGGUUACCAAGAUUGCCAACAUUUUGGUAUACGACAUAUACCAGAUAUUCAGGUUUUUUCACCUGUAUCUUAUCAGCAAUUCUUGACAUUUCAUCCUUUUACCUACUGGUUGUAAUUGCAGAAGAAACCUGCAGGUGACUCCAUAUGGCAUGUCUUUUCCCUCUAAUAUCUCUUUGUGUGUGGCGUGUUUGUGUGUGUAUGUGUGGCUGUGCACGAACCUGUGCACGCCUCCCAUUGUAGCAAAUGGGAAUGACUUUUUUUAUGUACAUUAAUUUAAGAACAUUUUAAAGAUGUACAGAGAAGCAACACUGUAUAUUUUUCUUGACCAAUUUGAAAAAUUGAUGAGAGUAAUGUAAAGAACAUUCUUAUGUUACAACAUAAAGCUUCUUUCCAUAAAGUUCAGUAGAACAGGCAUAUGGGAAUUCAAAGCCUUACUCUGCAAACCUUUACUUCAUGAGGACUUCAGUUCUGGAGCUGAAGGGACUAACUGCUAAGAUGCCUAAAGGUUUGUAUUAAUGGGCUCUAACAAAAGUCUCGCAGCAGAUCCCAUGGCUGACAGAUGCAGGGUUUUCCUUCUCAGGGUAAAUGGUGGGCCAGCUAAGCCUCCUCGUAAAGGCACAGCAUAUACCUGAAGAGAAAGGCUUCUGUAAUUUGAUGUAGUUGCCCUUUGAAUUUCUGUGGAAUAGUUUGCUCCCAAGUGUAGGAGCAUGGGUAAAACCAUUAAAAAAAAAAACAAUUUAAAUGAAGAAAAUUGGGCUGGAUGCUCUCAGUGGCAGCAGUGCAGCACCAUGUAAAGCAGGGGAGCUGCAGCAGAGAAGCUGAAAGCAUUUGUCCUAUUACAUGAAUGGUGUACAGGCCACAAACACUGUGUAAAGGUGUCACUGGGACAAGCAGUCUGUGCUUGCUUUUUGCCUUGCAUGUACUUUUCGGUUUGGAAUACUGUUUUGAACAGAAGAAGUAAUACAGCAUCAUUUUGUUGAGCCAACACAGAAAUUAUAUAUAAUCUCCUACACUGACCUUUUCUCCAAGGAUUUUGGGCCAGAAUUCUUCACUAUGGGAUGCAUAAAGCAGGCUUCCAACUGAGGAAGAAGCCAGCUGAGGCUUCAUUUCAGACAGAGCACCGCUCCUCAUCCUCUUGGAAGCCGGUGAGAUUUACAGCAGAUGCUCCUCACUUGUGAGGAUCAGCCUUGCUUUCCUUAAAUGUCUGUCUGUG